GCAACAUGUCAGACGGGGCAGAAGUAGCUCUUCGUCUCUCUUUUUAUAACUUUGUUUGUUGAACGUCACUGUGGUGGAUCUUAGGAAAUUAAAAGUGACAUAUAUCAGAAGGCUUGUAUUAACUCGGUCACGGGACCAGUAAAAUCAGAUUCUACGCUGGAAAUUUUGCCUGAUGUAGCUGUAAAGGGAAUUUGUGCAAAACUUUGUCAAAAUGUCGGACCUGUUUCGUUUUGCCGGUGAUAUCGAAUUCAGUGAGGAUACUCCUGCCCCGGGUCAGAUAUCGGCAGUGCGCCUCAAGCAAUAUUCUGAGACUUGUAACUUUCUCCAGUAUCAGCGACCACUUUCUAGGGAACAUCCAUACUUCUUUGCUCAAAUCAAAUCAUUGGCUCCAAACAGCGUGAUUACCAUUGGCAUAGCAGGCCCCGACAUAGCAGAUGAGGUACACCCAGGAAAAUGGAUCAACACUGUUGGCUAUCAGAGCAACACUGGGAGGUGCUACACAUCACAUAAACUUGGAGCGAAUACAGAUGGACAAAGAUUCAGUGUUGGGGAUCUAUUCGGUGUCCUGGUGACGUAUUUCGGGACUGAUAUGUCAACCGUUAUGUUUCUGAAAAACGGACAGCCAGUCGCCACAAGGUACCACUUCGAGCGAGAACAUGAUGAAUUCCUGCCUACAAUUGCUCUGGAGAAUGGACCAAUAGACUUGGGUCUCAUGUGGCCAGAGGCGGCUAUCGGCAUUCCCAAUUACUCUGAAAAAAAUAUGUUACACUGGAUCCGUUCGCCGUUGGUGCAGUACGAUAGAACUGAGAAUGUGUUCUAUUACAAUGACCUGUUACGUGAUGAGCUGCCAGUACAGAGUCCAUUCCCACUCUCAAAGGACAUCCAGCAUUUUGAGGUAAUCAUCAAAGAAGUUAGUGAUGACGGUGCCACGAAUUGUAUUGCCAUAGCUACGUGCAGUCCUAUCAAACCCACCCCAACAUGCGAACUACUCAGGGAUUAUUUCAGGUGGCACCCGGAUGGACAGGCUCUGAAGAUGAAAAUCGGCCAAAGAAUGGGUUGGGGCAUACUCUAUGACCCUGACCGGAGAGACGAACCUGACUUCAGCGACAAAGACUCCCAGCUUGUUCUGUGUUAUGUUUCCAUUGAUUCUGUGAUAGUAUUCCAUAAGAUGAUGCUGCAGCCUCCUGGGGGCUGGUAUCCUCUUGUCCUGCUACAUCCAUAUGCUUCCAAGGUUCAAAUUGACAUGGUGCGUAACACUCGGCCAAAGGUGUUUGAUAAAUUAGAUGAUCUCUACAGACAAUCUGUCCAUGAAUCAAUGCAGCAAAUACAAGAAGACACACUUGCUACGCAAAUUAAGCUGUCAAUGCUGCGGAAAUCCGAUGCCCUCCAAGUCAAUGUUGACAAGAUAUUUUGCAAUAUCAAGCUUUCGGGAGAUAACGUCGGGAUACAUACGAUUCAGUUCCUAGAACCUCUCACACCAGAGACGAGUUAUUUUUACGUGGAGGUCAAAAAAGCAAGUGAAGGCUCUGUGAUAGUCGUGGGGAUAGCACCACUUGAUUUCCCACUCAACAAGUACCCGGGAAGAUCAAAGGGCACCGUCGGCUACCAGUCACGCGAUGGCAAGAUGUUCUAUAGUGAUCGGUGUGAAGCCAAUACUGUCGGUCAUAGGUUCGGUCAAGGUGAUUGUGUUGGGUUAGAAUUAGAAGUUUUCGACCACCCAAGGUCAAUAGCAUUGUUUAGUAAGAACUUUGUUCCAGUUGGAACACGCUACGUCAAUCAGAAAGAUCACAGUUUAUUCCUGCCAACGAUAUCGAUAUUCGGUGAUAACAACGACGUGGAGCUCAACGUGGUGUGGCAGUCGAGGAUUUCCGCUCCUCCUACAUUCCAAGUGACUAAUGUUGAACACUGGUGUGUCCCAGAAGGGGCCAGAGUUGAUGCCGAGACGAACAUGGUGACAGUCGAAAGUGGUCAUACAUCUGCUGAAGUAAUACAAGCACCGUAUAGUUUACACAGGUGUAAGUCGUGUCAUUCAUAUAACCAUUUUGAGAUCCGGAUCAUCGAUGAUUUUGAUGAGAAUAUUCCACCACCUGCCAUCGCUCUUGGUACUGCCAGUCCGAUCUACAAGGAUGGGAUGUCCAACUUUAGACAAGAUUUUAUCAGGUUCUGGGCCAUUGACGACGCAAUGUCAGCAAUCAAGAAGGGUGAUCUUGUUGGCUGGGGUAUCCUGUAUCCUGAUGAUGACAUGUAUGAGGAGAGUAGUCACCUUGUGAUAUGUUAUCUGACGAUCAACCGCGAUGUGGCGCUGACAAGAGUCUUGUUCAAUCCACCCGGAGGAUUCUACCCAUUGGUGGUCUUACCUUAUGGAGUUGACCGAGUACAGCUCGAAUUUGGUGCCACCGUUAUCAGUGAACAUCCAUUCACCAAACAAGCAGUUGAGUCGUUGAUAGGGGAGGCUCUCACGAUGCUCAAAGAUGAGAAAAAGCGUGUUGCUGAAGGUAAAGACUUGGAGGAAUGGACGAAGAAGGAAAACAAGGGGAAAUAUCUCCGUCCUGUUCCUGACCCUGUGAUCGAAAGUGCCUCGGACAUUGAAGUUACACAACAGGAGGACCUAAUACGUAGAUUUCCAGUCGAGGAAAAUCUUGUUAAAGAGGCAACUAGGAACAGUAGGCAUACUGAAGUAAAGAUGCCAGGGUCGGGGAAGUCACAUCGGCGAAAUAAGUCACGGUCUGAAGAGUCAACGAAUUUCGGUAAUCAGAAGAACUCUAAAAGUUGUACUGUUUUAUAGCAGUUGGUUAUACCGUGAAGUUUACUUUCUAUUUCUGAGAUUAGUUACGAAGAGUUAAGAUGCAAAAGCCAGAAAAAAGGGAGAGAAUUAUGGUAAACUAAAGCUGACUAAGUACCCCGGAUGUGAAGACCAAACCUGAAAUGCCAAAACAAUUGGAGGCAGAGCAGAAAAGUUCAUUUGCUCGAAAAGACCCGGAGGCGAAGUGGAUUUAGUGGUUUUUGUAUCCGAUCAUUUCAUAUACAUUUAUGGUAGUUAGGAUCAGGAUGUAAUCCCUGAUGUCAUUUAUUCCUUACUGGAUUCUUGUUGAUUUUGGUAAUUUUGAUUCCAAAAAUUGUCACAGUAUACUGUAAUUUCAUUGUCCUUGAAGAUGCGUUUGGGUAUGUAAGCUGUCCCCAUUGUACUUGAUAGUUCACACUCAUUUUGAAAUUUUGAUGUUUAUAUAUAGGCCGACCCACCAAAUACAUGUAUGAGGUGAUUCAAUUAGAAUUAUGUGGCCUUUUUUCAGUCGUUGAACACCCUUGGACCCUAUUUGCAGUGGCCAUGUCAUAAAGAGAAUACCACCAUCAUGCGUAUUGUAUUACACUCUUGUGAGUCAAGGUGGUCGUUGCAUAGCCCAUCUGAAGGGUGCAUAUAUGAUUCAGUGUAUGAAUCCAUGUUAUUUUUACUACAAUUGGAGUUGAUUACAUUGUUUGUACAGUACAGUCUUUCUCUUGUUUGCCUAAUGCAGGUGUAUUUUGCGGCUGUUGUAAAUAUUUGAAAGAAAUGCUAAUUUGUUUUACUGUUCGAGUUGCAGUAUGAAUCAAAAUACUUAUCAGCCUACAUGUAUGUGAAAAUUUCAUAUCGUUUUCGAUAAUUUUAUUGUUUACAUUAUGCUAUUGUCUCUGUGUGUUUUUUUUCCUGUUCUUCAUCAUGUUCUUUGCAAUCAUAUUUCGAAGUAAACCAAUAGCACACAUGUAGUUUCUUUAUUCAAUGUCACAGUCACCAAAUUUCUUUCAGUUAAAAUUUCUGUGCUCAUUGUUUGUGAUCCAAAAUACUUGCAGGUUGGGCAGGAUUGACUUGUAAAAGCAAAGGGUAACUUUAAACACUGCUGCACUCUUUCGCAACUGUAACGAGUUUUGAUUCGGUCAGAUCAAGUCAACUGUCAAGUUGUUAUUUUCAAAUUGUUAUUUCGUUUCUCUUUGACGUGACUUUGGUUUAUUUCAAUUUGUUUGUGUAGUUAUACAUAUUAACCAAAAUUUAACUGUGAUUUUAUGUUUUUGGACCACUUGCCAAAUUCCAGUUAGUUUAGUGUAUCAAAUUGCUGAUAAACAAACAUGAAUGAGAUUACUUCACAUAUCUGGAGCUCUUUUCGUAAUGUUUGUGCUGAUUAUAUCAUAGUUUAGCAAAUAGAAAUAAACAUUCAACCGGUCGAUACGUUUUAAAAUAGAAGAAAUGUUACUCGGUAUUUUUAAACACUGCAGAACCUUUCUUAGUGGAGAUGUCCUCCAGUUGAACGCAUACUAUGUUAAACACACCAAUGCUGGUCCCAAAUUUAUCAUUUACGUACACCACAGUGCCCAAUUGAUACGACUAUAUUGCUUGGGGAAACAUUAGACCAGCCCGAUCUUUUAUGAUCUGUGAAAUUGGGGGGAGUAAGGAGUGCACAUCACCCCUCUAAGAAAAAAUUCAGGCUAGUCUAUCGUAGUCUAUGAUUGGUGAAAUUCAUUUGCUUGGGCACUGUGUGUGCACUAUAUAGAAUUGCAUUUUUAGCCUCCGUAAAACAAAUAAGUUAUUCUAGAUUUUUUGUGACCUUAGUUGUAGGAAAUAUAUGCAGUGGAACAGCUCCCUUCAACAAUGCAAUGGGCUCUUCCAUCAAGUAUGUGCAUAAUAGAAAUGAGAGUGGUCUGUAUUUUGACACAUCAUGUACUGGUAGUUUGUAAAUUGUACAAAGCAUCUGUAAAUAGUUUUAUAAGGUUUCUGUGUUGAAGCAGUUAGGCAAAGACUUAUUGUGGUAUAUUCUAAAACACCUUGAUUGCAAUGAACCACUCUCUACAGUGUAUAAUACACUACUAAUGUACAUGUAUAAUGUGCACACUAUGCCUCAUUUUGGUGGCAGCGGUUAUAGUUGGGUAACCAUGACAUGAAAUAUGGAGGCAGUCGAAAAGCAGUCAAAAUCACAUUUCAUUGUUUAGUUUGAGGGUUAUUUUAGAAAAGAAAUCGAUACUUCACUAUUGGUAUUGGUUGUCCAACCAAGCACCGCUCAGGUUGAGCUGUCAUUUUGCCUAAAACCAUGACAAUACAUAUAUUUUAGCUCCACCCUUGUUUUUCUGUGGUGAGACAACCUUAUACCUCAAUUUGCUAUCAAUGCCUUUAACUUCACCUGGGUGGAGAGUUCCCGACAGCAGAUGGUUUGGUUCCAAUUAUUGUCCAUUGUAAUUAUCUAUUCGUGGUUGCUCCAACUUUUCAGGGUUGUUAAUUUAGGGAAAAUAGAACAUUUUGGUUGUGUCUUUUGCCCCUGUCUCUGGCAUCCCCCAACAGCCUAUUCUACACCUGAGUUAGGUUGUUUAAGCUUUAAAUUGUUGCAAUCAAAAGAGGUUGUACAGCAGCGGUUUUGACUUAUAUCACGGAUGAAUUAAGACCAGCAAAUGCUUUUAUCUAAAACUCCAUGUACAUUUACACUGGGCCUUUCUGUACAAAAUUGAAGUAAAAGCAUUUGCUAGACUAUUCAGAUCACCCCAUUGAGGUUGGCCAAAUAUAUGGUAAAAAAGUUACAUUGUAGAAUUUGAAAUGUCCAAGGAUAAAUUGUCCGAGGAAUAAAGUAUUCUAUUACAUGAUGUUAUUACUAAGCUAUUUUAACGAUCAUGGUCUCUAUGGAACCAUGUCAUAAUCCGUCACAACAGUAUAGGGCUUGACACGUUUUCAAGGGGACAUCAUCUACUUCUUCACUGGUACAUGCAGUUUUGUAAGAAGGUCUUGGUGUAAACGGGCUUGCAAAGGCACAGGAUUAGGUUUCAAAACUAAAAACUUGAAACCAUAGAAAAUUACGUGAAUCAUACAUUGCAGCAUGUGCAUAUUUCAAAACCAGACCUUGUGGUCUCUAUUGUAAAUAGCUCAAAAUAUAAAUAAUGAAGGAGUCUAUUAGGAUAGUGUUUUAAAUUUUAUAAUGAAAGUACUAGGUGACCUGGUACAUGCAAUUAGUGUACGGGUUCCUGAAUAAUGCUAGUUUAUACUACGAGGUGCAAAUUUUUUAUUUUAAAUCUUCUGCCAAAUUUCAGUGGCAGUGCUCAAAUAAGUUCAGUAUUUCCAUUGUAGUUGAUGUACUGUACAAUGUCUGUCAAACUGUUUUGUGAAAUGAUCUUUAAUUGUGUGAUCUUACUUGGUGAUUUCAGACAUGGGAUUAGUGCAAAGGUAAACAAUAGGUGCACUGGACACAGAAGACACCAACUUUGGAAUCACCAAGUGUGAUCCUGAUAUUAUCUGAUUUGAGCAUCAACUUUUGCUCUGGUUUAUGGGGCUAAGGCAUUUGGAGGGGCUAUUAUCCAAGAUUGGAAGCCAGCAACAUAUUUGAUUUGUGGCAAAAACACAUGAGUUCAAAGUAAUGUAAAAACUGAGAUUUUCUCAGCAGUCAAACUUAAGACUGUCAAAACCUCAGUAGUCAGGAAUGGCAGUCUAUGAGGACUUACUGAACUACGGAAGGCACAUGUCAUAUUAGAAUUGAAGUUACUGUUGGGAGUAAGUGUGGUAAUAUUCUCCUUAUAAAUAGACCUUUAAUGAUGCUGAAGUUCAAUUUUCUGACUGCUCAUUCUAAAGCUAUGAAGAAGAGCCUCUAAAACUACUGUAUGCUAAAGGCUGACCCUUGAGUUAGAUUAAUAAAGGUUUGGAACGAAGACUGUGCAGACAUCUGACAGACUUUCAAAAUGCAAAGUGUUCACCUUCCAUGACAGUAAUUUAAUUGGUAAGAUGUUUUUUCCUUCAAGAUCAUACAAAACAAAUAUUGGAGCCUGAAUAGAGAGAGUGACUGAUUGUAAAAACUGUGACAAUGAAAUCUUUCCAUGAUUAAAAGGCGAUAUCACUAGCAUCGGCACUUCAUUGUAUGCAGAAUUUUAACUGUGAUACAUUUCUAUAUGUCACAAAGGAAAACUUGUAUUUGUUGAAUAAUUUACCAAAAAAACAGGGUUUUAUUCUA